GCCGCCUUCAUUUGAAGCUUCUCCCCCAGAUACUCUACGAGAUAACACACGGCAUCGGGUAGAAGAACGAACCGAACCCAAACACCUCUCCUCCACGACGACUCUUAACCCCAUCCUCCCGCCCCGCACCCGAGAGGAAACAAGCCAGGCCAUGGGCGACACCGCCGCGCCCGCGGCCGCGCCGCCGAGGAAGUUCGGCAGGAUCUGCGUCUUCUGCGGCAGCAACUCCGGCAAUCGCGCGGUGUUCAGCGACGCGGCGCUCGAGCUCGGCCAGGGACUGGUGACGAGGGGGGUCGAUCUGGUCUAUGGCGGCGGCAGCAUCGGGUUGAUGGGCCUGAUCGCGCAGACGGUUCUGGAUGGCGGCUGCCAUGUCCUCGGGGUGAUUCCCAGAGCACUCAUGCCCCUUGAGAUCUCUGGUGCAAGUGUUGGAGAAGUAAAGAUAGUCUCUGACAUGCAUGAGAGGAAAGCUGAGAUGGCGCGACAAGCUGAUGCAUUCAUUGCUCUUCCGGGAGGGUAUGGAACAAUGGAGGAGUUGUUAGAGAUGAUCACAUGGUCGCAGCUCGGAAUCCAUGACAAACCAGUUGGCUUGCUAAACGUCGACGGGUACUAUGAUCCGUUACUUGCGCUGUUCGACAAGGGCGCGGCAGAAGGUUUUAUUAAGGCCGAUUGCAGGCAGAUAAUCGUGUCGGCGCCAACUGCCCACGAACUGCUGACGAAAAUGGAGCAAUACACCCGUUCACACCGGGAGGUGGCGUCGCGGACGAGCUGGGAGAUGACCGAGCUGGGCUACGGGAAAGCUGCACCAGAGCCGGAGGAGGACGCGUCGUGCUGAUGUGUGGCACGCAUCGUCGUCCCUUGUUGCUCAACUGGCCACUGGGAUUGCAAUUGCAAUAAUCGUAGUGUGUUGUGAUUUUGUGUUGUUGGUUGCCUUUUAUGUAACCCUGUACGUUGGAUUGCGACUUGAUCUGGCGAAGAUGCCUAAGAUUGUGUAUCUAGUUAUUAUCUGCCCCCUUGGAAUGAAUGCAGCGGCGUGAGCAAAUGCUGACUGAUAA